GCGCCCCACUCAAUCUGGUUCGGGUUGCGAAGUGGCGUCUAGCAACUAUGGCUGGCUAUGGCCGUAUUGUUGUAUUUCGCGGGAAAUGGCCGGUCAUCAGUAAAUAGUACACACGUGAUGUAAACGAUGUUAGAAAGUGUUCUACAAGCUCGUUCGAAUGAGAUUCUGAAAGUGAAACACACCAAGCAUCACUGCGGCUAACAACCGGCCAGCGCGAUGGAGGAACCUGAAAAAGAGAAGGGCCUCUUGUUCAAAGAUGUGCACUUCUGUUUUGCUAACGACAUCGGGGAUAAUGAGAAAACUGAAUGCAUGCAGAUUCUGCUGGAAAAUGGGGGAACGCAAAUCAAAUACAUGUCAGAUAUGGUGACACACUUCAUUGCCGAUAAUCCAGAUAGUGCUGCUGCAACGGAGGCCCUGGAGUUAUUUGAAAAGCCCGUAGUCACGAGCCGGUGGGUUCUCAUGUCAAAACGAUGUGGAACACUUCUUCCUGUUGAAGCAUUUGAUCUCCAUAAAAACAGACUCUUUGCAAAUAAAGUUAUCUGCACAUCUCAGAUGUCAGAAGGAGACACGAAGGCUGUCUGGGCUAUGGUGACGUUCUAUGGUGGAACGUUUCAAUUACACUUGGAUAUAUCUUGUACUCACUUGAUAGCUGCGACGCCUCAGGGGGAGAAAUAUGAAAGGGCAGUCGGAACAACAAACACAAUCAAGAUAGUCACUCCAGACUGGGUUGUGGACUCCGUGAAGAACAGAACAAUCUGCGACGAGGACCUGUACCACCCUCGUCUCCUAAUUCUUCCAAAGCCGCCAUCUCCUCCAAAGCCACCGCCACCUCCAGAACCUGUACCUCCCACGCCGCCUCCUGCCUCCACACUAACGAUGCCGGUCCCAUCUCCCAUACGACAGCAAGUCCCCCAAUCGGAGUCGCACGGCGCGCCGCAGUUUGCCGCGCGCAUGGUCAGCAUCCCCAGUAGCGAGAUACGCGUGUCCCUUGCGGGCCAAGGGGGGAUUAACAUAAUGACAAUCAACAGGCAGGGGGUGCUGCAGUCCCCCGGUGUCCGACAGGAGGGUGUGAGGCCCGUCGUGCAAAUGCAGUUCAUGCAACAGCAGCAAAGGCAGCAGUUCUUGCAGCAGCUACAGCAACAGCAGCAGCUGCAGCAGCAACUGCAGCAACAGAGGCUGCCCUUUCCACGGAUGGCAAUUGCAGUCUCCCAGGGCUAUGGCAUCGGGUCACAGAGCCAAGCAUUUCCAGCUGGGUCGCAGGCGACGGCGCCCCAGGGCCAGUUGGUCACGUCACAGGGCCAGGUUAUGAUAUCGCAAGGCCCAGUUACCUCGCAGAUCCAAGCAGGUGUACCACAGAACCAAGUUGUCAUGGCACCAAGUCAGAUCGUCGUUUCGCAGAGCCAGUUAGCUGGUCUGCAGAACCAAGCUCUUGUGUCACAGAAUCAGGUGAUGGUAUCGCACGGCAUAAUAGGAUCUCAGGGUCUUACAGGGGUGCCCCAGAGUCACGCUGUUGUGUCUCAAAGCCAAGUUGGCAUUUCCCAAGGACAGGCGUCGCAGGACAGUGCACCAGCCGUGCAAAAUCAAGCUGCUGUGCUUCAUGGCCAGAAUGUUACUUCCCAAAGCCAAACUGCCUUAUCUCAAGCCCAGAAUGUGGCUUCCCACAGUCAAGUCUCGGGGCAAGGCCUGAGUGGUCAGCCCUCGAGCAUUCCUGCGCAUAACCAAAUUGUCACAUCUCAAACGCAAGUGGUUACUCCCCAGAGCCAUGCCAUAACAUCCCAACACCAAAUCCUCGUGUCACAACACCAAGUUGUAGCAUCCCAAAACCAGUCCCCUGGACAACAGCAGCAGCAGCUCCCUCAAUCUCAAAGCCAGACGCCACAGCCAGGUCAGGUCGCUACAUCCCCUGUUCUGCUGCAGCAGCAACGUCCGCAGUGGAUGCCGCGGCCGGGCAUGCCACUGACGCCGCAGCAACUGCAGAUUUUGAGGCAACGACAGCUGCAGCAACAGAUGCGCCACCUGACGCCGCAACAGCAGCAGAUUUUUGUACAAGGCAUGCAACGCUACAUGCAGCCCCGACAAGCGACAUCGCAACAGUUUCAACAGAUGAUACACGGCCAGCCUCCAGUACCGCAACAGCAGGUGGCACAGCAGUUGCGUCAUCCCCAACAAAUUGUCGUCCAGCAGAUGCAGCGGAAGGCUCAGGCACCUGGUCCUGCACAGCAGGUAGCUGCAGCGCAAGUGGUCAUGAAGCCUCCUCCGCAGUACUCCUAUAACGCGGAGCGGGGCGUACAAGGGGUUGUGCACCGUGUUCCACUACCAGCGGGUGCGCAGCAACAGCCACCGCCGCAGAGUCCUGGUCAGCAGAUACAGUGGCAGAAUUUUCAGCAGCAACAGCAACAGCGCAAGACACCCGACGGCAUGACAGUUGGCCAGCAGGUGCAGUGGAGGGCCGUGCAAACUGCUGCCGUUCAGUCUGAUGACUCCAAGCAAGUAAAGCCUGCUCAAGUGCCACAUCUUUCUCCCCAGCAGCAGAGUGUGCCACAGCAAGUUGUUCAGUCUCCAAGACCUGAACUCUCUCCGCAGCAGAAUGUUCUUUGGCAGCAACAGCAGGCACUAAAGGCUCAAGCGGGACAACCUCCACAGGGUGACGCAGCAAAUGCACAACAAGUACAGUGGCAACAGAUGCGCCAGGUUGAGCUGCAGCGCCGACAGCAGCAGCAUCAGCUGCUACAGCAUCAUCAACAGCAUAUGAUGCAGCAGCAACAGCAGCAGCAACCACAGCAGCAACCGCAGCAGCAGCCCCAGCAGCAGCCACAGCAGCAGUCACAACAGCAAUCACAACAGCAGCCACAACAACAAAUGCCAUACAUUGUUCAACGACCGCCACCGCCACAGUACCCAGGUCUUGUUCAAGUCUCCCGAGACCAGACACCUGGCGCCACGGUACGCCCACCUCCAGGUUCCACGCCACAAGCAAUGCCACAGUUUCCACAGGGGCCUGCUGCUCCUGGCUGCAAUCAGCAACCACCAGUGGCUUUCAGCACGCAGCAGCAGCAGCAACAGGUUGCAGUGGCAGGCAAUGUGGCGGGCACUCUGCAAGGAAACCCUACCCAAGUCACACCCAAGACAAAGACUGCCUUAGCCAACUUACUGAACACGCGACUACAGGGAGUUAGCAGAGUUCCUGAAAUGGGCGAACCACUGGCCACUGUGCGAUUGCCAGUGGCCCCAGCUGAGGAUCAGCAUGUUCACUUGAGGGAUCCUGCAAUGACAAACGUUGCCUUCCGACCGCCCAUUCAUGGCCCAGCUCCUGUUCAGCGCCAAGUCUCCGACGAGAGCCGCUGCUUUGGCACUGAAGUUCCUGUGAACACUAACGUACCCGUGGAAAUACACUUCUACGGACAUGAUCCCAGGACACAGGUACCAGUGGACAUGUGCCUUAUGGGAUGUGUGUUCUGCAUUGCUGAUUAUGACAACACGUUUGAAGAGUCCAAGAUUUCGACCUGGAAAAAAAUAAUUCAACAGAAGGGUGGUGAAAUAGAGGAGAACUACAGCUCUCGUUGUACCCACGUGAUCUGUGAAACGCAGCGCAACCCUGUUGUGCAGCAGGCUCUUCGUGAAGCAAAGCGCUGUGUCACCGUCUACUGGCUGAAUGACGUGCUGUUGAAGAAAAAGCUUCAGCCGCCGUUUUUCGCUCUUCAUUUUCCACUCCCAUUUACUGACGAAAAGCCUUGCAAGAAUCAGAUUAUUUGUGCCAGUGGUUUUGAUGGUGAAGAACGAGUGAAUUUAAAGCAGAUGAUCCUGGCAACGGGAGCAAAGUACACUCGCUACCUCACGAGACUAAAUUCACUUCUUGUUACAAAGAGGAGAGAAGGCCUGAAGUUCCAGAAGGCACUGGAGUGGAACAUCACAGUAGUCAAUGCUCAGUGGGUUCAAGAUGUUAUGUUGGGGCACUUUGAAGCUCUCAGGCUCCCGAUGGCACAAAAGUACCAGCAGUACGAUGCGGGGGACAAUUCGUUUCGCCCAGAUUACUCUCUAGUACCUCACCUGAUGGCUGCAUGGCGAGUUCCGAUAAAAUUGACUGAAGAUAUCUGGAAGAGGGUGACUUCUUCUGAUGCAUUCAGAGAAGCUCAGAAAAGGAAACAAGAAAUCUCUAACAAGGCACCUACACCACCAAAGCAGAGAAGGCUGACACCAGAAUUGGAUGAGAACAUACCGCUGACGACGACUGCACCUCCGCCCGAGGAGAAGAUGCCCCAUGUCCUCUUUACUGGUGUGAAAGACUUGGAACUGAUGAAGGUCACUGUUCAGCUAGGUGGAGCAGUUGCGAAGUCUCCAAAAGAAUGCACACACUUGGUGACAAACAGAGUUCAGCGUACCAUCAAGCUUCUAUGUGCAAUUAAUUCGGCCAAGUUUGUCGUGACCCCACAAUGGCUACAAGACAGUGCUGCGAACAAUUCCUUUUUAGAUGAGGAGCCAUACAUGGUUGAGGAUCCCGAAGCGGAGAAAACAUUUGGUUUCAGUCUGAAACAACUGUUGCAACGACCGAGCCGUAUUCCCCUGUUUAAGGGAAUGGUGUUCUUUAUUACACCUGGCGUGUAUCCAUCUCCACCGCUGUUGAAAGACAUUGUUGAAAGUGCUGGUGGAUCAGUGUACCUGAAAAAAAUACCCUCUGUUAAGCAGAUCACAUCUGUUACUCAGAGUGGGACAAAAUUUGUUGUAAUCUCAUGUGAAAAGGAUAUGUACUUGUGUCAGGACUACACAGCAAAGAAUAUCAGUGUGUACAAUGCCGAGUUCAUUCUCACUGGUGUCCUGCGACAAUGUGUGGAUUUUGAGAGCUUUCUGCUUUCAUGAUUCUGGUUUUACUUCUACUUUUAUUGGGCCUUUUUAUCGUUUUGUGUGUGUGUGAGUGUGCAUACCUGUACAUAGUGUUUUACACCAGACUAUUAUACUUUUUCUUUUAUUUGUUGAACUUUUAAUGUAGUAAAUAUGUUGUUGUUGUUGCAAGAAGAAGGGUAUCUCAUCACGGCUCCACGAAAACACGUCCCAAAUAUACAUUUGUGUGUCUGUAGUUUGUGAGCCAUUCCCCUUUCAUUUAGAAAGCAGUACUUCCUCGAACUUGCUCAACUCUACACUCCAUUGAAUAGUACAACUGAGAAUGCAUAACUUUUGCAAAUGCUGCCACAGCUACAAUAGCCCAAAAGUGUGAAAUCCUUAUUCUUCUUCUUGCUGGAGGGGUAGGAAUAUUUUUAUUCCCGCAGUUUUCAAAGUAAAAUUGUGCAAUUAUUUGGUGUACUAUUCUGGGUUCCUCUUUCUUGGGUUCUUUUAACUCCUUCAAAGUGGCAAUGUUUUCUCAGAUUUUGCACUUUGAUGGAAGAAAUGUUUCACUUUUGAUGUCCCUGUUUGUUUUACGUUGCUUGGACUAGUCAUUCAUUCCUCAGUGCUUCGUGUGUUAUGACCUCUUGUCAACCUGACGAUGGCACCAGUUUCCAAGGGCAUUUGCUGUUUUGUGUAAUAAAGCUGUCAUCAGGUUCAACACAA